GGCUGGCCACCCCCCAGCUCCCUCCUCCCGCUGGCCCGGAUCGCCCCCCCUUACCUUCCCCUACCCCACCCCACCGCAAGACUUGUGGGGCGAUGGCGCUGGAGGCAGCCCCCUUGUCCCAGCUGCGCAGCCGGCGCGCAGCCUUGCUGAAAAAGGGGGUCAGCUUUGACUGCGAGAGCGAAGGAGACGAUUCCGUCUCCGAAGAUCUGGGCUGUAGACGGGGAGAAUUCAGUAGGAAACAUUACGGUUCAGUAGAGCUGCUUAUUUCCAGCGACGCCGAUGGAGCCAUUCAAAGGGCUGGCCGGUUCCGAGUGGAAAAUGGCUCGGUGGAUGAGAACGCCGAUUACACUCCCGGGACGUGGCACAGAACGGAUGUCCACUUGGAGAACCCGGGAUAUCACACCAGAUGGUACUUCAAGUAUUUUCUAGGAAAAGUUCAUCAGAACUAUGUCGGCAUGGACGCAGAGAAAAACCCCUUUUUCUUAUCUGUUGUGCUCUCCGACCAAAACAAUCAGCGUGUCCCACAAUACCGAGCGAUCCUCUGGAGAAAAACAGGUACCCAGAAAAUUUGCCUUCCAUACAGCCCGACGAAAACCUUGUCUGUAAAAUCCAUUUUAAGUGCCAUGAAUCUUGACAAAUUCGAGAAAGGGCCUCGGGAGAUCCUUCACCCGGAAAUUCAAAAGGAUUUAUUAGUCCUAGAAGAGCAAGAGGGCUCGGUCAAUUUCAAGUUUGGAAUUCUUUAUGCCAAAGACGGACAGCUAACGGAUGAUGAAAUGUUUAGCAACGAAACCGGAAGCGAAACUUUUCAGAGGUUGUUGAGUCUCUUGGGGGACACGGUGACUCUCAAGGGCUGGACCGGCUACCGAGGAGGACUGGACACCAAAAAUGACACAACAGGGAUUUAUUCCAUCUACACCGUCUACCAAGGGCACGAGAUCAUGUUCCACGUCUCGACCAUGCUUCCAUACUCAAAGGAGAACAAGCAACAAGUAGAAAGGAAGAGGCACAUCGGAAAUGACAUUGUUACCAUCGUGUUCCAGGAAGGAGAAGAAACUUCACCAGCUUUCAAACCGUCCAUGAUCCGUUCUCACUUUACACAUAUUUUUGCCUUAGUGCGAUACAAUAAACAAAGUGAAAGCUACAGGCUGAAAAUUUUUUCAGAAGAAAGCGUCCCCCUCUUUGGACCCCCGCUUCCCUCCCCGCCGGUGUUCACCGACCACCAGGAGUUCAGGGAUUUCCUUCUGGUAAAAUUGAUCAAUGGGGAGAAAGCCACCUUGGAAACGCCGACUUUUGCUCAGAAGCGACAAAGGACGCUAGACAUGUUAAUCCGCUCCUUAUACCAGGAUCUCAUGCCCGACAUGCACAAGAACAUGCUGAACAGGAGAUCCUUCAGCGACGUCUUGCCCGAAUCCCCCAAAUCAGCUCGGAAAAAAGAAGAAGCUCGGCAGGCAGAAUUUGUCCGGCUUGGCCAGGCCCUCAAACUGAAAACUAUUGUGAGGGGGGACGCCCCAACUAUUUUAGCUACGACCAGCCUCUGUAAAAAGGAGCCCUGGGAGUCGCAAUGCUUCUGCAGCAAUUUCCCGCAUGAAGUCAUUUGUGCAGAUUCCUGGGGACAGUCCCUGCUUGUCUCAACAGAUGUUGGUGUGUUUCUCUUAGACGAUGGACAACCUCCUAUCCCAGUGUUUGAUAAAACAUUACAGAUCAAGCAGAUGCACGUACUGGAAACGUUGGACCUUCUAAUCACCAGAGCAGACAAAGGGAAGGAGGCACGGCUUCUGGUGUUCAGGCUGAACGCCUUGUGGAAAGGCAUCGAAGCAAAGUUGACCCGAAGCAAAAGCGAUUGCCGAGAAAACAAGUUGGAGAAAACGAAAGGUUGCCAUCUCUACGCCAUCAACACUCAUCACAGCAACGAACUGCGGAUCAUCGUCGCGAUUCGAAACAAGCUCCUUCUUGUCACCCGGAAGUUCAGGCGGUGGGAGACUCUGAACGGUGCCCCCUUGGCGUCCCCCCAGUCCGAAUCCCCUGUAGAGGAGUUCCAAUACAUCAGGGAAAUCUGCUUAUCCGACCCACCUGUGGUCAUGACAUUGGUGGAUGGCCCCACCGGCGAAAACGACAACCUGAUCUGCGUGGCCUACCGACACCAGUUUGACCUGGUCAGCGAGAGCACGGGCGAGUGCUACCGAAUGCACAACGUCGACGCAAGCAGGGUUAAUUUUGUUGCAGCUAUUGAUGUAUAUGAAGACGGAGAAGCCAGCCUCCUUUUGUGCUACAAUUAUGUUUGCUAUUACCGCAAAGUGUGUUCCUUCAACGGGGGCACAGCUCUGGUCCAGCCCCUGGCCUCCGACUACCAUUUCAGCUGGAACCAAGUUCCUUACGCGAUCGUUUGCGCCUUUCCUUACAUCUUGGCCUUCACUACCGACUCCAUCGAGAUCCGGUUGGUGGUGAACGGGAAUCUUGUUCAUACAGCUGUAGUCCCAGCCUUGCAGCUAGUGGCGUCGAGGUCAGAUAUCUACUUCAGAGCUGCCACAGCAGUGAGCGAGGUGUCCAACAGCAGCUCGAAGGAGACCAGCUCGCCUGGGUCCCCUCAGACUCCUUGCGUUCAAGAAAAUCUCAUUUUCUCUCCUUCCACAGCAGAAGGCGAAGCUCCGUGCAGGAAUAUCUACAAAAUCCCCCUCAGCAAUCUGGUUGGCCGGAGCAUCGAGCGCCCGCUGAAGUCUCCCAUGGUGCCCAAAGUCAUCACCACCCCGACGUUAUCUGGCAUGGCCCCGAUUCCGGUGGCACCUUCCCUCUCUUUGUCGCGGAUAGAGAUCAAAGAGAUUGCCAGCCGAACUCGCAAGGAAUUGCUCGGUCUCUUAAACGAUCCUUCUUCGAAGUCCGAAGGUGGCCCAAAACAGAAGAAGCUUCCAUUGAAACAAUCAGACCCCCACAAACGGGGAACUCUACGGUCCUCCAGCAGCGACAGGCUUGUUGUGACUUCCGUUGAGAGCACUUCUGAAGAGCCUCACUUCUCUACCGUUUCGGACGUUGACCCUGUCCCACUGGAGGAGGAGAAGGAGGAGGAGGAGGAGGAGGCCCAGCCCAGCCCUCGCUUCCAACUCGGGACCUCAUUUGACGAAGGUGUCAUUGACUUGAAGUGAAGACAGCCGGGAGGACCCAUCUUUGCACGCACUCCCCUCCCCCUCCCCCAUUCUCUGCCUUUGCCCCCACCCCCAUUUUGUAUAGCUCUCUUAAAAACGGUAUCCAUCACAGCCAAAAGUCCUAGUAAUUUUAGAAGUGGUCACCACAGGCAAUCCAAGAGAGGAGCCCAGGGAUCCAACUCUGGAGGCCUGAAUUGUCUCAGUCGAUCGAGUGAUCGAACGAGAGGCUAAUUCUGGAUGCCUGAAUUGUUUCAAUUGAUCAAUUGAUCGGCCAGCUCUGGAUGCCUGAAUUGUUUCAAUCGAUCGAUUGAUCGAACGAGAGGCCAGCUCUGGAUGCCUGAAUUGUUUCGAUUGAUCGAACGAGAGGCCAGCUCUGGAUGCCUGAAUUGUUUCAAUUGAUCAAUUGAUCGGCCAGCUCUGGAUGCCUGAAUUGUUUCAAUCGAUCAAUGGAUCGAACGAGAGGCCAGCUUGGAUGCCUGAAUGAUUUCAAUUGAUUGAUUGAUCGAACAAGAGGCCAGCUCUGGAUGCCUGAAUUGUUUCAAUCGAUCGAUUGAUCGAACGAGAGGCCAACUCUGUAUACCUGAAUUGUUUCAAUCGAUUGAUUGAUCGAACGAGAGGCCAACUCUGUAUACCUGAAUUGUUUCAAUCGAUUGAUUGAUCGAACGAGAGGCCAGGGAUGUGUCUGUAUGCGUGUGUAUAGUCUUUUUGGUGACAAAAGAGCGGUCACCCAAUUUUUUUUGUGUUGUUGAAAAAAAAAAAAAGCUUUGGGUGAAGGAUUGGAUGAGUUUUAAUCAGUGAAUUGAUUAAACCUCUAUAUUUUCACAUGGCACGUAGAUUUCGAGGAACCAGACUGCUGACAGUUCAGGGGUGGGGCAAGUUCUAAGUGCUCCCUUCCUUCAUGGCAACGAUCAACAGUCACCUUCCCUUUCUCCAUCGGCGCUGGGGGAUGGUGAUGACCUUGGACAGUCUUGGAGAUUGUCCCCAGAUUAGGAGAUCAGAAUGGAAAGAAUGGAGAACGGAAAUUCUCUGACCGACAUUUCCCACCAUUUGAAGCUAGAAGGAGGGUCCUGGAUCCGUGCCGAGGAUGGUCUCCAUCUUCCUUCUCUGAAACAGGCCAGGGAUUCUGCUUCCUUUAGGGUCUUCGCUUAUAUUCCAUAUUUAUUUUUAAUUACACAGCUGCAGCGAAGCAGCGGGUCAUUGCAGUCUGCCCCAGGAGGAAGAUUCUAGAAGCAUCUGGUUUGUCACUGUCUGUAGGGCGUAGGCUGCUGGACCCGAACAUCACAAUCCAAAGGUGUAUUUGGUGUGUGGAGUUGCCCCCUCCCACUCCUCCGAAUCCUGCACAUGACUGCCAAACUAAUUUCUGAUGGGAUCAGAAGGGAGAGGUUAUUAGUAAACGAUGGUCAGGCCAUCUCUACUCAAUCGAUUGCUUUGGCACACUCAAGAUUUGAUUGUGCAUUCUUGAAAGAGCUUUUUGGUCUGAUCCGGGGGAAGGGGGUGGGUGGGAAGAAAUCUGUAAUUCUUUAAUUUAAAAAGGUGUGGCAGAAUCACAGAGUUGGAAGGGACCUUGGAGGUCUUCUAGUCCAACCCCCUGUUCAAGCAGAAGAGCCUAUCCCAUUUUUUAGACAAACGGUCGCCCAGUCUCUUCUUUGAAAUCCUCCAGUGGUGGAGCGCCUACAGUUUUAACUCCCCACCCCAAAUAUAUAAGUCUUGUCCACUUAACGAUGGUUGCUUCUACUUAGGAAAAAAAUCUUGUCAAGGAACCUGAUCCAUUGCAAAAAAAAAAAAAACCCUUGCAGUUCCAUUAAACCAUAAGCUUUUCCUCUUCCGUUACAACAGAUAGAUAGACGAGAGCUUCCUUAAGCUGAACAUCUGUUCUUCCCCUUCCCGCCUCAUUUUGAUUCGCAGAUAAGUGUCUCUCUAGAUUCCCCCAAUUUCUGCCAAGUAGAAAGACAAGGUUAGAUAGAGCAAUACAGCUGUUUCUUUAUCCCCGGGCAUCUUCGAAAAAUACUGCAAUCUGAAAGUCGUGCAGGCUUUGGAUGAGUGACUUUUCCUAGCGGUCGUGAAUAGAUUGGCUGAAGAGUUUAAAACUUGAAGGUGACUGCUGGGAUCUAGUAACCGAUUGAGCUUUUUCAAGAGAGACAAGGAAACCUUGAAAGAGACACCGUAUCUCCGGGGUAUGGACAUGUGAAGCUACUUCCAACCUCUGUUGAGCUUUGGGUUUUUCAAAAAAGUUGGCAACCCUGUUUUAACCAGAGGCAAGGUGGCACCAGAAACAUCCCCUGACUCGUCUCUUGGGAGGGAAAUCCCUCUCAAAGCCACCUUUAAUCUCAGCGACAUUUCCAUGUGCCCUAACCCAUCUCCUUGGCCCUUCCUCACAUUGGAUAAGUUUCUGACCUGUGGUUGGUUCAGACACCCUUGUCUAUGGAGAUUCUCAAUCAUCCAGGUCAUGGUUGUCCCUUUUUCCAAAAGGCAACUGGACUUUUUCUGGAUUUUUUUCCUUGGAAAAACUCCCAUGACUCUCAGAAAGAGCGCUAACGACCAGAGGACUGCAAAUGAAUAGAAAUCCUUCCAUUCCCCGCCAUUCAGCUAGAACCGAAGAAGCUUCUCGGAUGAGAAGCGAAACGUCUUCAAGGAAGGGGGGAAAAAAACCCCCAACAAGAAAGUCCAGUUGCCUUUCGGAAAAGCACUUUUGGUUCAGACGCCCGUAGAAACCGGAUCUCCGUCUGAAGGGACAAGUAACCCUGGCCCAUGAGAGAAAAACUGGCACCUGACGGCUGACCUCUGCUCUGAUGCCAUUAUUUCCUUGCCACCAAAUUGACUCUGAUUUGUCCUCCCUCGCAUGAAUAAUCCCGCCCUGCUAGUUUAUUUAUGUGUAUUUAUUUAUUUAUUUAUUGCCCCCUCACUUCCGAUCGGCAGACCAAGCAAUACGUCCAAGUAACGACACCCUUCCAAGAAUCAAACGGUCCGCUUUUGACUACAGAAGACGGCAGGAUGUCAAUUUUAUUUAUUUUAUUUUAUUUUAUUUUUUCAUUUUAGAACCGGAUCAUUUCUUAGCUUUCAUGAAUGUCCGAAUACAGAACAGAAUACAGAAUAACAAGAGUUGGAAGGGGCCUCGAAAGUCUUCUAGUCCAACCCUCUUUCUCAGGCAGGAAGCCCUACACCACUUCAGACAAAACGGUUGUCCGGUCUCUUCUUUAAAACUUCCAGUGUUGGGACAUUCACAACUUCUGAAGGCAAGUUGUUCCACCGAUUCAUUGUUCUCACUGUCAGGAAUUUUCUCCUUAGUUCAAGGUUGCUUCUCUCCUUGGUUAAGUGUCCAUCCAUUGCUUCUUGUCCUGCCUUCAGGUGCUUUGGAGAUUAGGUUGUCCCCCUCCUCUUUGUGGCAGCUCCUUAGAUAUUGGAAGACUGCUAUCAUGUCACCCCUAGUCCUUCUUUUCAUUAAACUAGACAUAUCCACUUCUUUAUACGUUUUAGCCUCCAGUCCCCUCAUCAUCUUGGUUGCUCUUCUCCGCAGUCUUUCUAGAGUCUCAUCAGUUUGUCAGUUUCCUUCCUUCCCUCCUUCCUUGCAACGUCUAUUCUGAGAUUAGAACGAGGCAGGUCUAGGAAGGGAUCCCCACCUCUGGGGGUGAUGAUCUCUACUUUGCAACCCUUCCCGGUGGAUCCUCCACUCCGUCUUCGAUCUCCUACCUCUUUUUACCCACCAAGGUUCCAUGAUCGAGCCCCUCUGGGCCUUCGCCCGAUUGCCUUAUGUUUUUUGCUCGUUGAACAGAGCACUUAAAAUCCAUCUCGGGCGGGAUGGUUCUAUAGAACAAACCCUUUGGACUGUUUUGCCUGCCCCACUCUUCCCAGGGGGUGCCCAGGCCUCUGGUAGAUAAAACUUCGCACCCAUGGCUGAUGGGAAACGAGCUGCCAAAUUUCUAGAUUUAAUAGAAGAGAGGCAUUGGGUUGGGUUUGCAGGGAUAUCUUCCAAGAAAUACGAUGGGAUAAGGAAGCAUCCGUCAAGCCACCAGCUGAUCGAUGCAGAUCUUCCUUUCCUGAGGAUACAGCGGCCCAUGUCCCCACGUCUCACAAAAACAGCCAGUCGGCAAGGCGAGGACCAGCGCACAACGAAAUUCGAAUCUACCCAUCGCGUUCCAAACAGAUUCUAAUUUCUAACCGCCCUGCAGAUCGGUGGCGCUAAACCACGCGCACCGGUUUCCCCUUGGCUGAAGGAGCCAGCCGGGGACGAUGGGAGUUGGAAUAAAGCCCCUUUUGGAAAAAAGGGGCCCGACCUUCACAAAAAGUCCCAGAGGGAAAGAAGCUGGGAUGAAGGGACAGACAGAGGGAAGGGCACACGAGCUCCGUAGGGCCGCCAAGAUUUGGGCAGAAAUAGACUCGGUGGCUUUUGGGAUGAAAAUUAUCCUCUUUCCCCGCCCCGCCCCCCCUACAUUCUUUCUGCUAGCACCUCUUUGAUCCCAAAAGAGCAUUUUUAUUUUAUUUUUUUAUUUUGGAAAAAGCAGGGUGUAAUAUUGCUGCUGCAAAAAAUCUCGCCGGUGGGGAGGGUGUGUUGGCAGGAGGACGCUUGUUGUAAAUUAGCCGAGUAAUUCUUACCUAUCACUCCCAUUUUGCUGAGAGGUAUGUUUCUCUUCUGCUCGAGGAUUGUGGCACCCGCAACAAUUGUACAAUCAGAGGUCUUCCAGGCAGGGUAGGUUAAGAAGAUUCAAAUCCACACAUAGGACAUGUCAGCUGGCUUUGAAACACUGUUAAAACCAUUUCAACUUUUUACAAAAGUUAGAUUUGUAGCUCAGGGUUGAAAUGAGGGGUCCUUGGCACUCUCUGAGCUUGGUGGUUUUCUCGCAGACGUUUCGUUACCCAGCUAGGUAACAUCAUCAGGGCAAACCCCCACCCCCUUCUAAGCACUGAUGAUGUUACCUAGCUGGGUAAUGAAACGUCCGCGAGAAAACAAACAAGCUUGGAGAAACACCGAAGACCUCACAAUGUCAACUCGUCUUUUGCUGUCUUCAAUUUUGUUUCUCUCUCUUUUUUUGUGUGCCUUUGAAUCGGUCUUGACUCCUGGAAACUGCCUGGAGAAAUCCUGGCAGUUUUCUCGGCAAAAUGUCAGAGCCAGUGGUGGGUUGCCCCCGGUUCGGACCGGUUCUAUAGAACCGGUCGUAAAACCGACGGGAGGCUCCGCCCACUGACCGUGAUGUCAUCAGGAAGCUUCUGUAUGCACGCAGAACGGGCCCCAUUGCAAACCGGUAGUAAAGGUAAGUAGAACUCACUCCUGGUCAGGACUGGUUUGCCCCUUUCUUCCCAGGGCUGAGAGAGCCCAAAGUCACCCCGUUGGCUUUGCGUCUAAGGCAGUCUAGAACUCUUGGCCUCCUGGUUUUCUAGCCUGAUGCCUUACCCUCUGACCCCAACUGGGUCUCCGUCGCUGAUGCUCGGCACCUGACCGCAAAUUUGCCAAAUUUGCUUUUUUACCACUUCCAAAAAAAAAAAAAAAACAGAGACACUCUUGUGACGUCCCUAAUUCAAAUAUUGCCUUGAAGCAGAGUCUCCCCAUUGAAAAAAAAAAAGUGGCCCCCAUUGAACCGGGAAAUCCUGCUAAAUCUUCCACCCCUUACCAUUUUCAUGGUGAAAAACGGUGCUGUAUUUGUGUGAUGAGUGUGUCACCCCUUUUGAAAUUGUGGUGAUAGUAGAAAUUUAUCCAUCCAGUAUCGGGGUUUCCUCCCUCACUCCCCCACUCCAAAGGCAAUUUUGGAAACCACAGAAACCAAACAUAGCGAAGGAAAACUGCUUAAAUUUCGACUUUUUUUUCCCCCCCGAAAGGCCAUGACUCUUAUCUAAUACGCUCCCAGCCGUGGUUAAUUCUGAUUUUUCAUUCACGCGGGCAACUCUUUUCGCUGUGGUUUGGCGGACGAAGCCUCUUAGCAGAAGUGGUAUUCGCUUAACGUUUGCUACCGGUUCGCAAAUGUGAGCGGACGCGACGCCUCCUCGUAUGUGAAGGGCCUUCCGCACAUCUGCAGAGCGUCAAAAAAAUGGGACGUGAUGACAUCCGGGCGGGUGGACGGAGCCUCCCGCAGCCGCCGCUGCUACCGGUUCUCCCGAUAGUGGCUGAAUGCCGCAACUGCCUCUUAGGUGAAACAUUGUAGUCUUUGCUUACCCAGCCACAAAAAAAAUACGGACAACCAGGUUUUCCUGCCAAAAGGAAACCGGGAUUAAAAUCCACGGGGAGGGGGUUUGUCCUUGAUUCAGUGCUGAUAUUGAUUUCUUUAUAUGCCAGGCAAGGUUUUCCGCUGGGCCCGGAGCUGUGUUUACAAAUUGUAGGCGACGGUUAUUCAUCGCUCCUAUCUCCGUUACUGAAAGAAUGUGCAAUCAGGGUGGUGGUGGGGAGUGGGUUGAGGCAAAGGGUCGAUCAGCGGAGUCUUCUGGCUCACGAGAACAUUUUUCCUUACGGCUUAAACUUAAGGGGUUGUAGAAUUUACUAUACCCAUUGGCUACUUUCCCACUUUGCUUCCCGACACACGGUCUUACUCUCGAAACAAUGAAACCAGGUUAACCUUCUCCGGCCUGGCACCUGGUACGAGUUACUGUACUCCUCUUUCAGCACCGGCUCAUGCUGGUUGGGGAUGCUGGGUGUGGUAGUCGUAAGAGACGGAAGGAGGCUGAUCUGUCGGGGUUUUUUUUGUUUGUUUGUUUCUGUCUUCCUCUCGAACCGGAAAGGCCGAGCAGCGUUUUUUUCCCCUGCCCGGUAAGAUCUUCCGCUGUUGCAAAUAAAUAAAAAGAAGAAGAAGAAGAAGGAAACGGGACCUAGCAAAACGAACCACCUUUGCUCAGAAAAUGUAGCAAAACGUUUUGCCUCUUUUCCAAGAUCGCAGCCACAAUUGUAGCGUUUAACAUUAUUACACACUGAUCUGCUGCGGUCGGCUUUGCACGUUCUGUUCUAUUUGUGCCAUUUGACUUGGUGUCUUAAAUUUUUCCAUGUUUUCCCUGAGGUAUCCUGAUGUCUCCAGAGGAAGAACUCUUCCUCCUCCUUUCUUUCCUUCUCCAUCCCUCCUUCUCCUUUCUUCCCUCCUCCUCCUCCUCUGCCUUCUCCAUUUCUCAUUUCUUCCCUUCUCCUCCUCCUCCUUCUCCCCCUUCUUUUCCUCCUCUUCCUCUUUCUUCUCCUUUCUUCCCUUCUCCUCCUGCUCCAGUCCUCAUUCCUUCCCUUCUCCUCCUCCUUUCUCUUCCUUCUUCUUCUUUCUUCCCUUGUCCUCCUUCUCCAUUCCUCCUCCUCCUUCCUUCCUCUCUCUCCAUUCCUCCUUGUUUCUUCCCUCCUCCUCCUCCAUUCCUCUUCCUUUCCUUCUUCUUUCUCCAUUCCUUCUCCUCCUUUUCUUCUUCAUUCUUCCCUUUUCUCCUUUCUUCCGCUCCUUCCUCCUCCAUCUUCCCCUCUCCCCUCUUUUCCUUCUCCUCUUCCUCCUCCUCCUCCUCCUCCUCCUCCUCCUCCUCCAUCAUCUACAUUGGAGGUGGGAGAGAGAGUGGGUGCUUUUGGCAAGGAUGACUUGCUAACAUUUACGGAAUAACUCCUCUCGCUGGACAGAAGCUGAUGCGUGUACAAAUCCGUUUGUCGUCGACACUGGUCGCUUGUUUUCCUGUCCUCUCUUUUUUUUCCAAAGAGCGCCCUCCAGCAUCAUCCGGCACGAGUUAGGUGUGACUCCCCCUGUGCCCCCUUAGUCUCCAGAUGGAGAAGGAAGGCAGAUUCAGCCACCUCCGUUCCACCUUUCCCCCCACACACACAUCUCCCCGUUCUUGCUUCCAAGCACGAUGUAGCUUCCACCUUUGAUUUGGUGAUCUAGUUAUGGGUGUAAAAUCACGUUUGGAUGGUCCAAGCGCCUUAGAAGAAGAAUCGGUGGUGGUGGGGACACAACUGAUCUAUUGGCAGGAAGGAAUGGGAGAAAUCGAGGUGACGUUUACCGCUUAAAUCCCCUUAAAUCUACGACGCUGAAAUCUCACUCUUGUGAUUUACUGAUGAGUAAAAGUGGCAGCCCCUUUCCAGGGCCAGCUGUUGCUAACGCCACUCAACUCUGGUUGAUUUCACCGAAGAUGGAUCCCAUGCCGGACGAUUUAGAAAUUGCAAGUUAAAAGUGGCGGUGAAGAUUCUCAUUUCAACCACAUCGCGGUUGGAUCAGAAGUGAUGCUUUAAAACUUUUUUUUUUUUUUGAAAAGGCCACUGGAUGGAUUUUUUUUCCCCCUCCCUGAGGAGAAAGAAGAGGUUUCCCUUCCCACCCUGGAAGCUUCAUCCGUUCUAUUGCAUGGUGUGGGAGAUGGAAGGGCAGUUUUUGACGGUUGAGAUGAGUUGAUGGGGGGAAAAUUGUGCUUUCUUUGCAGGCAACUGGUCUGAGAUGACCCUGAGGUCACAAAUAAAACUCCCAAGUAACCACAACGGCUCUCGAGAGUUGUUACCGAUCCUCUCCCGCAAUCCUCUCUGCUCGAUUUGUAGCUCGGGAUUGAACUGUGGAAUCCCUGGUGCUCUCUGAGCUUGGUUGUUUUCUUGCAGACGUUUCAUGACCCAGCUAGAUAACAUCAUCAGUGCUAGAAGGGAGAAGACAACUGUAUAUAAAAUGAACAAAUCCCCUCCCUUCUAGCACUGAUGGUGUUACCUAUCUGGGUAAUGAAAAGUCUACAAGAAAGCAACAAGGCUCGGAGAACGCCCAACAACCUCACAAUUUUCAACUCCACUUUGCUGUCUUUAAUGUUGUUUGUUUGUUGUGCCUUUGAGUUCAAUUUGACUCCUGGAAACUGCCUGGAGAAGUCCUGGCAGUUUUCUCGGCAAGAUUUCAGAACUCGCCUCUUUCUUUCCAAGGUUGAGAGAAACUGGCCCAAAGUCAACUACAAAGAAAACACAACUUUUCCAUUCUCACCUUCCCUCACCACUUGUUCUGACCUAGGCUUCCUGAUAUAGUGAAAAGCACACAAUUAGUCCCAAAAAGCCCUUUUUUAAAUUUUAAGGGCUGUGAAUUCCUUUCAUUCACAGCACGUGUUGAAUCACCAAGAGUUUAUAAAUAGUCCAACAGAAGUCUGCCGCAGUCCUUCGGAUAAGGCUGGUAAACACCCACCUUUAUCUUCUUUGACACGCUGCCGAGGACCUAAUUGGCAAUUAUCUUGGCAAGGCCACACGGAAACACAAGAGUAAAAAACGAAGCUUCAAAGGACAAACUGACACCAUCCAUAAUGUUGCUUCCUGCAAAGGCCCACGUGCCUUUGCUCUUUCUUUAUGUCUUAUGGGAGGGGCCAAUCAUCUCCAAGCCUUACUUCCGAGUUGUCCCUUUUGUUUUAAUUCUUCUUGCCGUCUGGCAGCUCUAGGAACAGGCUCCCCCUGUACCUCUGCCUCUCUGAUGUCCGACUCUGGAGGCUGCACAUAACUCCCAGAUGGCCCUGGCCCCAUCUCUGCCUCUAACGCAGAGCCCUCGUCCGAGCCUUCUUCAGGACUGGCUCACUCUCCGACUCUGCUGCCAGCUCCGCAGGCUGCCGGCGGACCACACCACCAUCAUCCUAUCAGAACCUACCGUUCCCCUCCACCAAUUAUCUCAGCUGUCUUUCCAUCUCCCACACCGUCCAACAGAACUGAUGAAGCUCCCAGGAUAAGAAGCGAAACCUCUUUUUCCUCCCCCUCCCCUCAAAAUACCAACCCGGUUGCCUUUUUCAAAAAUAAUUAUUUAUUUCAAAAAUUUAAAAAAAAAACCCAAACCUCUCACUUUUGAUACAAGUUAAAAGUGGGCUUGGAAUGGCCUCUUCACCACGCCAUGCUCCAUGGGUCGAUCAGAGAAUUAAAAAUCACCUGAAAUCUUUUUGGGCUUAAGCACCCCACCACCACCACAACCCCUUCUCGACGCCUCUCGGAUCAUGGCUUUACUCACACCUAACUUUGUUGCUGGAUUGUGCCCCUUUUGACUGUUAACUCUUAACUAGGAUUUUGUACUUCUCAAUGAUUCUGUGCUGUCAGCCUGUGGCUUAUCCUCUUGUGAGUCUCAAAAGUUUAAAUUAUACCACCAAGUGUCUUAAACUUAAUUGUAUUGGCCAUUGUUUUUUCAAUGCUACAAGUAAAUAAUGUAUUAUUUUCCUCUCUUUUUUUUUUCCUGUGUGUGUUUUCAAAGCUUGUAAAAAAAAGAAAAAACAGAGAGAGCGAGCGCGCGCGAGAAUCAUACUUUGAAUAUAAUGGCAAACAUUUGUUCUGAAAGUUCCAUAGACUUUCACAGCUGUAAAAAUCAACUGUUGGGGUAUUUUUUUUUUCCUUCCUUGAUAUGUAAUAAAUAUUUAUGACAUUUGAUAA